UGGAAAUCCAUAUGGAAAUCACUGUCUUAUCAUGAGAGUUCAUGUGCAAGAUAUUCCUAUUCCUACACUUCCACCGUCCUCAGGUGAUGUCUCAAGGUCAGAUGCCCCAGAUUCUUCAAAAUCUCCACCCCCAGAAGAACACAGCAAGGAGGUUCACAACGCGUUAAUUGUCACGCUUCUUAUUGUGUUCAUUGGCAUUAGUUUACUCUUAUUCGUGACAUGCGCUGUUCAGGCGUGGCUGAUAAAGAAAAAGAAACCUUGCCCGUGCAGCCAAAAUCAACUACAGGAGGUUCUUCCCGGAGUUACUCGCAGAAAUUCUUUCGGAACAGAUAGCGACGACGGAGAAAGAGGUACCGCAACAGACGGGGACAGCAGUCUACACAAAACAUGCCUUCAGUCUAAUUCAGAAGAUGAGUUUGAGAAUAAAGGCCGAGGAGUUUUUUCCAGACCCACUUGCGAAGAUCAUAUUGGUACCGAUAGCGUUGGUUUUCAACGUACAGAUUUCAUUGUCGAUGCCAUCUAACAGUUUUUAUACAUUGCUCUUCCAAAGUUUGGUUUAAAAAGUUGGAUUGUCUCUCUUCAGCUUAAAUACAUUUAUAAAAGAAAACAAAGCAAAAAAGAGACAAAAUUAAGGCAACCAAAACAAAUAAAAAAAACAAACAAACACAAACAAGCAAAGAACGAGUCAACUUGUAAUAUGUAACAUAAGUAUGAUGUGAUUUGGCAAACACUUUCCGUUCUUUUCUGGCUAAUCGGAAUUGAUGCAGUACAUAAUUUGAAUCAGAGAAAUACUUUUUAGGGUAUAACUGAAUAUGUUUUGCCCGAUGAUAUGCCUUUAAUACAUUUCUCAGUUCUGCUUAGCUGGAAGGGAAUGUAACCAGGGUGCAAAUUUGUAACACGAGUGCAAAUUUCAAAUGGGCUCUUUCUGAGUUUGCAAUUAGAUGACUUUUGCAUGAUAGUCUUAAAAAAGGCUUCAAUUUGAUAGACGAAGAUCUAUUUCAACCAAUUAAUCGGACGUUAUAUGAAAAUUAAAGCGCGUCUCGCUAGAAUUUCACUUAUC